AUGGGAACUGGAGACGUAAUGGUUGGUGCUGACGUCUUCCAUAAGUCGCCUCCGUACAGGAGGACAGUCUACACGGAGCCUGCUGGCCCCGGUACGUGUAGGCCGGUGCUACACGCACAGCUCCAGAGUCUUGAGGAAUGUGGGGUUGUCCUGCUUCAGCCCGUUCCUACCCCCUCUCUCCCACUCGCAGCCUGUCUCCCAGCGUGUCCCCUCCCCUCUCCCUCAAACAGGACAAUUCUCCAACUUUUCUCUUCUUUCGCAGGAGGCUACAGUUCAAUAAUCCACUGUGGACCCUCUGUCUUCCAUUGCUGUGAGGGCUCCUCAUCCUCUGCGAGUCCUGCUGUGGAGUGCACCCAGGGACUUGGUGUGGAUCCAAGUCUAAAUCCCUGUGUGGCCUGGGUCCAUUAG